AUGGCUUCACACCAAAACGUCAAUGAAGACUAUACUUACGGGUACCGAAAAGCUGAGGAGGUCAGUAAGGGUUAUAAGGAGGAAUCUAGCUCCCACAAGAAACAAGACGGUGAUGUUUACGGGUACAAAGAACCCGAAGAUGUCAUCAUGGGGUUUGAGGAGGAGCCUCACUCCCACGACUACGAGAAACCAGAGGACGUUUACGGGUACAAAGAGCCUGAGGAAGUACGCUUCUCAUACAAGCCUAAAGUUCCCCGUUGCAAGAACGGCUACAGGCUACUCGUCGGGACCUGCAUCAAGCUCAUUUCCUAUCCGGGCAUGAGCUGGUUGUUCGGGAUGUCCCAUUAUGGGGCAAAAAAGGCAUGCAUGACGGAAGGAGCCACACUGGCCAUGCCGAAAACGGAAGAACUGGACGUCGCUCUGAGACAUCUGGUCAAAACGGAAGGAGGUAACAAGGAACACUGGAUCGGUAUGGAGGAGAAGACGGGAACCUGGUAUUGGGUGGACGGGUCGAAGGUCGACAACAACGGAUACACGGGAUGGACUCCAGGCGACCGAAGUAACUCCCGAUGGCCGCCCUUAUGUGGACAAUACUGGGAAAAGUCACCCGGCUGGCUCUUCCCGGGGACUGGUUACGUCAUGUGGAACGACGAUGCCUGCUUCAAGCAGAAGAGGUUUAUCUGUCAGCGUCCUCCGGCCUAA